UUGUUCUUCUAUUUCUAGGUUACUCAUCGCAAGGAUAUUUACACAGCUUCUGCAAUGGUGAAAGAAAGUCAGAGUGUAGGCAUAGUUUGUAACAAGCCAUUUCCUGCUUUUCUGCCAUUUUUGAAAAUAUCUUUGAGUAAAAAGUUUAAAAGUAUUCAUGUAGUAAAAAGCGGUGAGCCGGCCUUGAGUAAAUAUUCCAAUCUAGUACUGAUACACUCUAAUAAGAGUCCAUACGACGUCAUAGAGCAAAUGAAACUCAUGAGUAGUGAGAUCAAACUAACUCAGCUUGCUACUAUCGUUAACAUUAUGUAUCAGAACUUUGAUCCCAACAUCAACUUCUUAGAACUACACAAACAAGCAAGGGCAAGUGCAAAGAAAUUAGAGAGUGAAAAUAUCUUGGUAUACCAUGUUUUGAUGGAAAAGUGUAAAGAAGAUAGAACAUUUGAAGAAAAAAUAGAAUUAGUGUCAUCCUUAUUAUUCGAUAGCAAUCCUAAUAUCAGUGGAACAGUAUUUAUUUCCUGAUAACAUUUUCUUUUCCAGCUUUGUGAUAUUUUAUACAGUUAUUUAUAUUUAAUUUAGGUGCAAUAAACACCAUAGACUGUUCUUAUAAAGAAUGAAUGUAUAGCGCAGCAGAUUACUUAUUAAAUGAACCUCUUAAAACAAUAAAAACAGUGCUUUUUAAAAAAA